CGCUGGGAGCCGCUGCAGGAAUGGGGUCCGCACCCACGGAGUGGCUCCCCUGGACAGCCGCCCCUCAUUCCCACGCUCGCCUGCACGACUACGUCUACUUCGAGAACUCCUCCAGCAACCCCUACCUGAUCCGCAGGAUUGAGGAGCUGAACAAGACGGCCAACGGGAACGUGGAGGCCAAGGUGGUGUGCUUCUACCGGCGGCGGGACAUCUCCAGCUCCCUCAUCGCCCUGGCCGACAAGCACGCCACCCUGUCAGUCUGCUGCAAGACCGGACCUGGGGCCGACAACGGGGAGGAAGGGGAGACAGAGGAGGAGAUGGAGAACCCCGAGAUGGUGGACCUGCCCGAGAAGCUGAGGCACCAGCUGCGGCACCGGGAACUGUUUCUCUCCCGGCAGCUGGAGUCACUGCCAGCCACCCACAUCAGGUCGGCCCCCAUCAGGUCACCACCCCCAGGCCACCCCAUCAGGGACUUCUUCUUCUACUCCCUCGUGUACGACCCCCAGCAGAAGACCCUCCUGGCCGACAAGGGGGAGAUCCGUGUGGGGAGCCGGUACCAGGCGGACAUCACCGACCUGCUGAAGGAAGGUGAGGAGGACGGCCGUGACCAGACCGCGCUGGAGACCAAGGUGUGGGAGGCGCACAACCCACUGGUGGACAAACAGAUUGACCAGUUCCUGGUGGUGGCCCGCUCUGUGGGCACCUUCGCAAGGGCCCUGGACUGCAGCAGCUCCGUCCGUCAGCCCAGCCUGCACAUGAGCGCGGCGGCCGCCUCCCGGGACAUCACCCUGUUCCACGCCAUGGACACCCUGCACAGGAGCGUGUACGACGUGGCCAGGGCCAUCUCGGCGCUGGUGCCGCAGGGCGGGCCCGUGCUCUGCAGGGAUGAGAUGGAGGAGUGGUCGGCCUCGGAGGCCAGCCUGUUUGAGGAGGCCCUGGAGAAGUACGGCAAGGACUUCACGGACAUCCAGCAGGACUUUCUGCCCUGGAAGUCGCUGACCAGCAUCAUCGAGUACUACUACAUGUGGAAGACCACGGACAGAUACGUGCAGCAGAAACGCCUGAAAGCGGCCGAGGCGGAGAGCAAGCUGAAGUUCCCCUCUAGGCUGCUCUGUGUGGCCCUGGACCCGCCCAGUGCGUCUACAGGUCACUCCCCUGCCCCUGCAGCACUACACCACCCCCGGCUGUCCACAGCUCUGGCUGCCCUGCUCUGCAGCUGCCUCGGCCACACUGGCCAAGAGGCUGAGAAGGUCAGCUCCCUGGGCAAGGACUGGCACAAGUUCUGCCUCAAGUGUGAGCGCUGCAGCAAGACACUGACACCCGGGGGCCACGCGGAGCACGACGGGAAGCCCUUCUGCCACAAGCCUUGCUACGCCACGCUGUUCGGGCCCAAGGGUGUGAACAUCGGUGGUGCCGGCUCCUACAUCUAUGAGAAGCCCGCGGCCGAGGGCCCGCAAGUCACAGGCCCCAUCGAGACCCCGGUGGUCCGCGCCGAGGAGCGGAAGGCCAGUGGCCCCCCCAAGGGGCCCAGCAAAGGGCCUCUGCCCACCUGA